AUGGCUGGCUACUACGGAGGCUACGGAGGCUAUGGCGGUUACGGUGGUUACGGCGGUUACGGUGGCUACGGCCACGGCUACGGGGGAUACGGUGGCUACGGGGGAUACGGCGGCUACGGUCACGGUGGAUACGGGGGCUACGGUGGAUAUGGCGGAUAUGGAGGCUACGGCGGUUAUGGAGGAUAUGGUCACGGCGGCUACGGCCAUGGCGGUUAUGGCCACGGAUAUGGAUACAAAGUCAUCAGCUACGGACACGGUCACGGCUACCACGGCUGA